AUGGGGAAGGGCGGCACGCGGUUCGUGAGCGAGGCGAUCGCCCAGCGCACCGGGCGCCGGCGGUCCACCUACACCAACAAGGAGCUGCAGAAGGACAUGGAGAAGUUCCUGGAGACGGGCGAGCACCCGGAGAUGGGGCGGGAGGCGGACGACUACAGGCAGGUCGGCAGCCUGCCGGAAGUGGACCCGCGCAGGCCCUGCGUGUUCCUGGACGUGGGCAGGGCCGGGGAGAAGAUAGGAAGGCUGGUGAUCGAACUGUUUGUGGACAUCGUGGCUGUCUCCGUGGGUCAUUUCCAGAACAUCUGUGGUGAGGGCGUGCAGGGCUCUCUGAAGGGCAGCAGGUGUCACAAGUUGCAGCCUCAUUUUGCUGCCUACUUCAGGAAAACGAGGGAGAAUUGGCCAGUUGGAAGAGAGACUAAACUGCAGCACGUCGACUCAGGUUGCAUCUCCAUAGCUGUUACAAACGAUGAAAUGGUGCUCUCCCUGGGUGUGGCCCGAGCGCUGGACAACACCCAUCAGGUGAUCGGCCGUGUUGUGCUUGGGCACGAAGUUCUGUCCACACUCAACGAUGUACCUACAAACCAGAACGAUGUUCCAGUACAGCCCAUCGCCAUUCUUGACUGUGGCCCAACAAAUAUGUCUGGAACACACGAUUCGUUUGCAGCCAGCACACCUGGGAGCAGCAGCAGGCAGCCUCAGUCAGCGGAGGAAGCUAUCCAGCAGCUUCGAGAAGACACAUCGCAAGCAAGGGACGAGCUGAGGGAGGCCCUUGAAGUUGGCUUAAGUGCCAGCAGAAAGCGUCAGGCGGAGAGCGAGGCGGCUGGCCGUGGUCGGCCCUCCGUGCGGCAAAGAGCUAUGCUGGACUCUGUGUUUCCCGGCCUCAGCGACACAUCAUCGUCCGGGACCAGCGACGGCGACGAUCAAGGCGAAGGCUAA